UGAUCAUAAAGCAAAGCGCAAUCGUGGCACAUUCGCGUAGUUCUUCUAGGUGUCGCGUGUCGUGAAGAUUCGGUUGGUCCUUGCACUGCCGAAUGAGUUUUCUUGAAUUGGCGUGAAUACCUAUCAACGAACCUGGUCACUGAGGAUCAUGGACGCUGCUGCAGAUCCAGACCCGGGGGUAGCUGCACCUUCCGGGCCCUCCACGACAUCGGCUCGCCCAAAAAGCAGCGUGCGCCGGACGCGCGCAGUUAUAUCACCCUAUGAUAUCUUCGAGGACGAAGAUGAGGCGGAGCACGAGUUGGAUACUUUUUUUCUCGCGGCAGAGCAGCAGAAUGAGCCCAUUUCGCCCCGCAGUCCAGCUAACCGGCCUUCCACGUCGUGUUCGCACACCGCGCAAACGAAAUUCGACGCCGCAGCGCGCACGGCAAGGAGGGCAGAGCGCGCGAUCGCGGAGCAAGAAUUCACCAGGAUGCGGAACCAAUCCGCCGGCGGAGGGGGGCCAGGUGCCGGAGGCGUUGUGGACCAUGCGGCAUUCAUGCAGGAGAGCGGCAAGGUCACAGGCCAAAUUAGCCAGAUCGAGCAGGGCGUAGAGCAGGUGCUCACGCGGCACAAAGAAUUUGCGCAAGGCCAGGCAAACAAACUGAAUCGGGCCCAGACCGCAACGCUCAGCAGUCGGAAGGGAAGCAUGGCAAAUUUGGGUGCUAGGGAAACGGCAGGUACGGAUAAAAUAAGUACUUAUGUGCUAGCUCUGACUUAGUGUAGAAGUAGAUCUAGAUCUAGAUGAUACGUACUUGUUUAGUACUGAAAAUAAAACUACCAGUCGGAAUAGGUUUGAAAAUUAGUAUGUACUAUGAAGUAUACAGAAAAAAGAAUGUUGACGAAACAGAAAAUGGAAUGCGAAUGGUAACCGGCAUAGUAUACGCUAAAACACUCACAAGGUGGCGCGACGGGCUCGGGUGCGGGAGCUGAUAGCGCACGCGAUAGCGACGACGAGAACCGAGGACUGCAACUGGUUGCGCGUGACCUUUGUCCACCCGAAUGGGUGCGGAACGCGAUGAAGUCGCAGAAAGGUGCGCGCGACAUGAUCAGUGCCAAUAUACAGGCGGUGCCGGAGUUCGCGCCCUCUACCGCAAGUUCCCGACGAAGACUCCGCAGUGCGGAGCGACACCGACAACAAAUGAAGUUCCAGGAGAACGCAAGACAACAGAACUACGAGUAAUAUCAACGAUGUAAUUAUCAAUAAAUUUCAUCUGCACCAUGAUGUAUGAGCUGCGUAUCUUUUUGGACCGUGAAGGUGAAAUUGUGUUGAAGGGUUUUUGUUCGUCUCCGAAAUAAAACGAAAAGCUUUUUGAUUGCGCCUGUUGACAUUGAUGCCCACUUCUUUUCGCAUCAGGUUUACGCGAAAGACGCAGCACAGCUACGCGGUAAAGCGUGUCUGAGGCUAACAAAAGCGUCACCGCCCAGGGCUAUCCAAAGCCUUCGCCGCGCAUCAUCCAGAGGGUCGCGCUUUCGUGCUUAGCGCAGCCCCAGCUCAUGCGCCAGGGAGCGCUCUGCACACUGACAGAAUAACCGCCGGCCACUGCGUCCAAGUUCGCGCGCCCGGGCGCGAGCUGAUGCCCCACCCAAAGAGCCCCCCCAAGCCGGGGCUACGCCGGCGGUCGCACCGGGCCGCGGCAGUGUGCGCGCCCACUCGUCUCUCUUUGUGUCAGGCAGCAGAUGAUGGCCCCUCCGGUGUUGUCUUUGGUGCCUGCGCCGUGCCGUCGGUCCUAAAUUAGGACCGGUGGGGCGCUGGCUCCAUAAAAUGAUAUGCAUAUGGCUAUGGGACCACGUCCACGAAGCAAAGACGGCGCUUCAGCUGCGCACGUUCCCGCUCGUGCAUAGAUAAGAACACUACUGCAGCGACCUGCUGUCGUGUUUUGGGAUGAAGCAGAGUUGUAGCUUCGGCUCCAAAUGUUCCCGCUCUCGUUUUCUGUUGUUCUUAUCCUCCAACUCCGUGCAUAGAUAAAGAAGUUUUCAUCUAUGCACGGAGAUGAUUGGACGAUCAGAGUUGAAGCUUCUCCUCCAGAUGUUCCCGCUCUCUCAAAAAUGGUGUUCUUAUCCCUCCUGUUCGUGCAUAGAGAAGAACACCAUUUUUAGGUCGUUACAAACAUGUUCUUAUCUAUGCACCAUUUGGAACAGCAUUUUUGCGAGAGCGGGAACCUCUGGCGCAGAAGAUGUCACUCUGCUUCGUGCCAGCCACCAACUUCAGGUCGUUGCAAGCGUGUUCUUAUCUAUGCACGACGUGGAGGAUAAGAGCAGCAGUGUUCGAGAGCGGGAACAUUUGGCGCAGAAGCUCCAACUCUGCUUCACGCCAAAACAUCAAUGCCAGGGCGUUGCAGUAGGUGUUCUUAUCUAUCUCUCCGAAGCGUUCAAACGAGUACCAGGCGGGAAGCUUUCAAGGUCUUCUGCCAGUGCGUCCACCAUCGCCGCGAAAGCGGUGCCAACGGUGAGUGAGUGGGGCGGUGGGUGGGAGAUUGGGUUGCGCUUGAAGAGUUCCAAGGGGUCACGAGGGGCCUGCGCACCAAGUCCGCACGAGCCGGCUUGCGGCCUUUUUUGGGUUGCGAGUACGUAGGGCCCGGGGCCGCGGAAAAGAUGCGCGCCUGCGCCGGAUGGCUGUGUUGUGAGUGCCCGUUGGGCGCGUCGAUCUGCGCAGUGGGGGGGCCUCAUUAGUCUAGGUCUAGGCUCGCCGGGGUGCUGAAAUGCCUGCUGGUUCCUCUAGAACGACGCCUGGGCCGCGUGCAAAAACCCACCAGGGGAGGCAACAGCACUUCUACGCAGGCGCGCCCAUAAAAACUGCAGCGCCUGCCUUGGCGCAAAAAAAAAGGCAAAUCCCGACGGUAUGCUGCGAAUUUCUUUAAGGAUAAGAACAGUGCUGCAGAUCACCUAUUUCGUCUCUAUACAUCAGGUUUACGCGAAAGACGCAGCACAGCUACGCGGUAAAGCAGCGGAAAGCCGAGCUUGCGGAGUGGCGGAAGAAGAACAUGAAACCUACAGAGCUCUACGACCUAGUUAGGCCGCCGAGUGCGAGUGCCCGGUCAGGUACCAGCUCCCGACCAGCCAGCAGACCUGGCACCGCCUCGGAAGCCCACAGAGGGUAUUGAUUGUAGGUCUUUCUUGAUCUUGUGUACUAGAUCUAGAUGCUUGUGCUUUCAUGUGGGCGAAAUCAAUCUCUCGUUGUAGGCAUGCGAAUCUCGACCUUUGUAUCUAUUCUCUGAUUCUUUACCCAUUCCAUGGAUCGUGCACUCGAAAAAAAACACAGCGCCUUUCCACCCCCCGAGGAGGAGGAGGACGGGCGAACGCUACUCCAAAAAAUGUGGGAUACUCUAAUCCCGCCACGAGACCCCGCAGAACUGCUGCCGCCACCACCGCGAAAUAUGCAGGACGACGACGACGACUUGCCAGACGGCCCGCCCUGCGGGGUGUUUUGGUUGCAGCUCGUCACGGUUUUUGACUUUCUGCAAGCGGUCGAGGACAAACUGAAACCGCCAGUACUCGAACCCGCAGUAGAAAAGAGGCUGAAGCGACAAUGUAUGAUGAUUUUUUCCAAAUAUACGUGCACUUGUGUCUUUGCCGGUCACGGUCAGGUUGCCUUGCUUGGUGCAUCGACGCAAAAAAUCAUACAUAGAUCAUACUCUGCCUCUGGAGAACUAAAGUUGUCUCAUCGUCUACAACUCUUAAUUGUUUAUCACAGGCAACUUCGUUGUCGCCGGCAUGCGGCUGCGCAAGGCUUUACGGGUGAGGAGGAAAAUGGCCGGAAUAAUCCACCACGCGUUAGAAGGUUGGGUACCAAUGCGGACCACAUGGUUCUGCAUGUCCUACUUUAAUCGCGCCGUCACCAUUCAACGCUGGUGGAGAGGCUGUAAGGCAGAAAUACGGACGGAAUACCUCCGGAUACGAGAAAAGUAAAAUUCGGACAUGGUUCUCGUCCUUGUUCUUUUCGUGCUCGUUCAAAAUUCGUGCAUCGGUUUGUCACGCUCGGCGCCGUAAAUCUGACUUUCAAGCUCACGAUACUCAUACGGUCGGCUUUUUCGCUUGACCACGUCUAGGCUGAAAAGAUAGAAGUAGAACGAAUUUUUUGCAUUUCGAAACUACUUAAAUCAAAACAGGUUCUGCGAGAUCGAGAAGAAGGUUAUGUACAAGAAGGCCAAAGAGAUGGACGAAGUGCAAGCCAAGGAGAAGGCCAAGUUUGAGGCCACACAGAAGAACAAGGCGCGGCAGCGGCUUAGCAAGAAGAAGGAGCCCACAGCGGCGGAGUGGGAGGAGCGGAUUCGGUUUAUGAUGGUGCCAGAGGAAAUCCGAGUGCGCGUGGUCAAGGACUACCUCCGCUACACUCGCUUCCUCCGAGUACAGGAGAUCACCAAGCACCAGCAACACUGGUUCAAGGAGCGCGCGGACUGGCUGCUCGGCCGGACCGCGACGACCUUCUUGGGUCUGAAACUCGGGAAAACGGGGAAGAAAGCGCCCCCGAUGCCGCUGUGCCCGCCCAUGAUGCCGUCGCUCGACGCGUUUCUGGAUCUCAUCAAGCAGGCACACGCGCUGAAGGACGGGUAUCCGGCAGACUUCUACGUGCCACUGGAAACGCGAGUCAGAAAAUUCGUCGAGGCCGAAGAGGAGAAGCAGUUAAAAGAGGGCGUCAAGAAGAAAAAACCAAAACUAUCCGGAAAGGAAAUCAUCCAGCAGACAUUUCUGGCACAGGAUCCAGACGCAGGAUCAGCGGUAUCUACUAUGUCCAUUUUGAUGUUAUUCCUGAUGAUGUCUUGUGUGACCCCAGCGAUAGGAAAAACAGGUGGCAAUUCAUCAUUCGUUGCCGUUGGUCUUUUGAAAAGCAAAACAAGUGUGAAACUCAAAAAAAAUCUUCCCUGCUCAGACUGAAGACGCGCCAGACGACCUUGCGGAUUCCAAGACUACGGCCCAGGUGAUGGCCGGACUGAAGGACCGCUUUCAGGCUCAGCAGAAAAAGAUCCUCGCGGAGCCCGUGGAGCGCGAUUCAGACGUCGAUGAAACGUUUCAGGAACUACCACGAAUUCUACCGCCGAAGGCGUGAAGUAGAUGAAGGCGAGACAGUAGAUCUUGCAGCUGUAAUUUUCUUGUAAAAUUUGAACUUAAAGAUAAAGAACCAUCCAUAUCCAACAAAGUUUCAAAACAUCCAACAAUUCCAAUCCAUCAAUAUGAUUCAAAAUACAGCAAUGUCUAAUAUGCAAGCAAAGUCGAUAGUCGGUCGACGAACCAGUACAAUUUCCAAGAAUGCUACUGCUUGAGAGAACUUUCUUUUACAAUGAUUCUUUGUUUACUGUAGAAGUGCUAAUCUUCGAAAAAGAAAAACCUUUAUAUUGACCUCUAUAGGAUGCACAAUGCUUCAAAUGGAUAAUCUCAUUUUGGUGGUCUUCCUUCUGCUGCAACAAGAAUCGCUCGUCCCGAGGAGGAGGAGGGUCCACUGAAGUGGAAGCACCGAAAUAGGGCAGUGUUGCACCACCCCCGCGCUGCGCUCUUCUAACGGAUCAUUUGGAGCCUGGCAGAGCUUCCGGUAGGAAUGAACUUUUUUGGAAAAAAAUCAAUGCAACAGAAGUGACAGGUGAAGCAAAGAAAGACCAAUGAGUGGAGUAGUCUAGGAGUAGGACGACUAAUACAGAACUAUACGUGGCCGCAACUGUGGCACAGAGAGUCAACAAUGACUUGCAGUUCUUUCCUGAUACGCACAGAUGCGCGUGCUGCAGCUUCAAUGCAUUUUCUACACUGCUCGAUGAAGUUGGUGGGGCAAUGUGAUGUCUUCCAUAUUCAGGUAAGAAGCUUGUGCUUGUGCGGUUUUG